GGGGCAGAACCGCACACCUCUGGCUGGGAGUCCAACCAAGCCUUCUCUCUUUCUUGCCAUGGCUGUAAGGGCAAGUCCAUUCGGUGCCUGAAACCUUACUCUUAGAAGAUGGCCAGCCUUGUGCAUUCCUUUUCCUGGAGUCUACACGACUUGUUCUUCAUAUUAUUAUACUUAUCUCUUGCUCAUGUUGUGAACUCUUUCCUUGGGCAUGAGUGCAUCACACAGUCUCCAGGAUCUCCAGAGUGAAACUCACUGUGGACAGGCUUCUAACCUGGAGGGAUCAUGGAGCAGUACCCAGCAAACAGCAAUAGUUCAACAGAACAGAUUGUUGUCCAGGCGGGACAGAUUCAGCAGCAGCAGCAGGGUGGUGUCACUGCAGUCCAGUUGCAGACUGAGGCCCAGGUGGCAUCUGCCUCAGGCCAGCAAGUCCAGACCCUCCAGGUAGUCCAGGGGCAGCCAUUAAUGGUACAGGUCAGCGGAGGCCAGUUAAUCACAUCAACUGGCCAACCCAUCAUGGUCCAGGCUGUCCCUGGUGGACAAGGUCAAACGAUAAUGCAAGUGCCUGUGUCUGGGACACAGGGUUUACAGCAGAUACAGUUAGUCCCCCCCGGACAAAUCCAGAUCCAGGGUGGGCAAGCUGUGCAGGUGCAGGGCCAGCAGGGCCAGACCCAGCAGAUCAUCAUCCAGCAGCCCCAGACAGCCGUCACUGCUGGCCAGACCCAGACACAGCAACAGAUUGCUGUCCAAGGGCAGCAAGUGGCACAGACGGCUGAAGGGCAGACCAUUGUCUAUCAGCCAGUUAAUGCAGAUGGCACCAUUCUGCAGCAAGUUACAGUCCCUGUUUCAGGCAUGAUCACCAUCCCAGCAGGCAGUUUGGCAGGAGCACAGAUUGUUCAGACAGGAGCCAACACCAAUACAACAAGCAGUGGGCAAGGGACUGUCACUGUAACACUGCCAGUGGCAGGCAAUGUGGUCAAUUCGGGAGGCAUGGUUAUGAUGGUGCCUGGUGCUGGCUCUGUACCUGCUAUCCAAAGAAUCCCUCUCCCUGGGGCAGAGAUGCUCGAAGAAGAGCCUCUGUAUGUGAAUGCCAAACAGUACCACCGAAUACUUAAGAGGAGGCAAGCCCGGGCGAAACUAGAGGCAGAAGGGAAAAUUCCAAAGGAAAGAAGGAAAUACCUACAUGAGUCUCGGCACCGUCAUGCCAUGGCACGGAAGCGUGGUGAAGGUGGACGAUUUUUCUCUCCAAAGGAAAAGGAUAGUCCCCAUAUGCAGGAUCCAAACCAAGCAGAUGAAGAAGCAAUGACACAGAUCAUCCGAGUGUCCUAACCCCAGACCAUGUGAUGGAGCUGAUGUUCCUCACCACCAUUUCCCACUGUUCCAGGAAAUUGAUCAGCUCUCCCCAUGGGUCACUGAUGAUCACAUUCUGCCCUUUUCUAUAAGACAGAAACCACUUAGUUUUUAAUAAGUGGCUCAGUAUUAUAAUUGCAGCAAUGUCUGAAAAAUUGAAGUUGCAAGCCUUUGUCUCACCCUUCAGUCAGGACCUAUUUCAGACUAUUGAUGAUAUGAACAUUUCAUGGAUUAGGAUGAUGCAUGGGACCCAGGCCAGCCCAGCAGUACCACACAGCACUGAAUGUUGACUGGUGAGGCCAGCCAGUCAUCUCAGCGGGAAGAAAAGCAGCUCACCCUAAACUGCAAUCAGGGAAGCGACAGCCCACUCCUUCCCAUGAAACCUAAACAGCAUCUGUCCCUCUAAAGGGGGAUUUCAGACUGACUAGCUGAAUGGAUACUUUGUAUUCAGAGAUGGCUUCUAGGAAAGGAAGUCUCAUCUCAUGAUACAGAACAGUAAAUUCUCUGAGAUAACAUUCAUCUAAUCUGUGGUAAUAAUAAGAAUCUCUCUGCCCAGCUGAUAGGUUGGUAUUUUUGGACUCCAGCCAAGACAAAGCUAACUGGGGAUAGAAUGAUAAAAGACUUAAGCACUAAAAAUCUGAAUUGCUGAAUCUCCCUUUUUUUUUAAGCCCUGCAAGUUGUCAUCUGCUUGUCCUGUUGACAGAUCAUCUGGACCAUAGUUUUACUAUGUCUACUUUUAAAGCAAUUUAGAGCAUAUUGGACUGUGAAACUGCCUUCUAAAUAGAGAACAAAACUAUAUAACUCCUGUACUGAAGUGCUGAGAACAUUUGUAGCAACUCCUAAACAGAAUGCCAAACUAGAGAUUUUCAGUCACAGACUUUGUGACAGCAUUUGGGGGAUAGAAGGAGUGUGUUUCAGUCUACAAGGAGAAGAGAGAGAGUAAAGUAUAUUUACCCAUGUGUUGUCAUAUAGCAUGAUUCUCCAGUGGAUGGAUGCCUGGGAUGGAUCAUUAAGAUGAAGAGAAUAAUUUACGUUUAUACUAUAACCUUUUAACAAGCACGGAAAAGGAGAAGUCUGAGCUUUGGUCCUUGACAAUUUCUGGAAAGCAUGAUUCAAUCAAGCUAUCCUGAGCAUAUUCCAGGUUACUUGCUAGAGCUUGAAGUGGAUGUUGGCUUCACUCCUGCAGUGCUUUGUGCUGGCUCCAGAGAGCAAACCUCAUUCUUCCCAUGGCAGUUGAGUCUUUGGUGCCACUUUCCAUUUGUUUCCCCACUUCUUCAUAGGCCCUGUGGAGAAAGGUUUUCACAUUGCAUCCACACGCUGCAGAUAAACUGUAGACUGAAAAUAGAGAUGCCUGCAGGGCCAGGAACUGGGCCAGUUACCAGAAUGGGUGGUGCCUCAGAAAUCUGUAUCUAGAUUUCUACAUCCAGCACAUCUAGCUGUUGAACCCCUGAAGAACUAAGAUAAUAUUUCAGUAGGGUUGCUGCCUACUCUGGAAACAAAGGAGAACUUAAUCCUUUUGAAGAACAUUUGGGUUUAAUAUAAAUACCAAGUGUAAAGAUUAGCUCUUUGAUUUCACUCUAAUUGUAUUAUGAGGGAAAAGAAAUUAAGCCCUCUGAAGAAAAUAUCACUAAGGGAAAUCAUUGUGAUGAUAGAAAAUAGAGGUAUAUACGAACUAUGCAAAGAAAGCAGAAAGUGAAGUUUCUCUCUAGUCCCUGGCUUUCAGAUGUCAGGGGGAACUAAGCCUUCAUAGGUUCGCUAGAUGGCUUCUGGCUCUUCACAUGAGUUUCAGAUAAUUAACGGAGUUCAGUAAGCCCCCAACUUUUUCACAUGAUAGAUUACUAAAAACAAUGAGGAAUGUAUAGCCCCUGGUUUUUAGGAGUCUUUUAAGAUGCAGAGUCCAGAAAUUCCUCAGACCUAAUUUCUAGUACUUAAGCCAACAGUCCUAAUUUAUUUGUGUAAAUUUGUAUAUAGUAAUACCAACCUCGUGUUGCAGAGUUUUUGUUUGUUUUUUGAGUUUUUUGAAAUUAAAUGCUUCAGUUGUCAUUUUGUCAUU